GAUGGGAAGAAGCGGACAUACUCAGAGCACAAAGCACACAGCAGCACACGACUCUGAACAUCUGGAGAUUCUGGAAAACACUUGACGAGUCAGAACAUCUGGGAGUUCUGGAAACUCUGGACUGAUCAGAACAUCUGGCUAGAUGUUUCUAGAAAACACUUGACGAGUCAGAUUCUGGAAAACACUUCACAAGUCAAAUAAUCGGUGGGAUGGGAUCCUGAAUUGAGACGAGAGUCAGACAGAGAGACAGAGAGACAGAGAGACAGACAGACAGACAGACAGACAGACGGACGUUGUCCCAAUGGUGAACACAGGACAGUCCCGUCUUAGGGACAGCAACCAGUUUGACGACUUGAACGGCGAACAUGACAGCAUGGACAACAUGCAGAAAGUGUCUCUGUUUACAGUGCGAGGCUACGGCUCCUCCAGACGCUAUCAGCUGGCUACAGGAGUCCUGGGUCUGCUCAGCGCUGCUCUCCUGAUGGCUGUGAUCGCCAUGGCUACACAGAUGAACGGCGUGUGUGAGAGCCAGUCGUCGCUGAACAUCACAGCAGUGCAAAGUGAGCUGAAGCUGUUGAGAGACGAGCGCGUCCGUCUCACGGAGUCGAGGACAUCCCUCCAGCACGACUAUGACAAAGCCCGCGCUGACCGAAGCCUUCUACAGGCACAGGUGGACAGAGAAAAGGCCAUGAGUGACCGGCUGCUGGCACAAAUCAAAACCCUGGAGGAGCAGAAAAAGCAAGAGAAUGUCCGUGUUUUGCAACUUGUGCGCAGCUGUGAGAGAUGUCCUCCAGGAUGGGAAGUGGUGAAUGACACCUGCUAUUACUUCCCCAUUUCGAGUGGAAUUCAACGCAAGGGCUGGGACGAUGCCAGGGCAGACUGUAUCAGGCAAGGGGGCGACUUGGCCAUUGUGGACACCUUGCAGAAGCAGACCUUCAUAGUGGGAGUUCUGAAGGCCCUCCACAGUGAAGGUUUCAGCUACAGAUAUGGAUUCUGGAUUGGACUGAAACGGAAAGAUGAAGAACAAGGGACCUGGCACUGGACGAAUGGCUCAUUACUUGGCACCGGGUACUGGAUGGAUGGCGAGCCCAAUGAUGACUACGGGUAUGAGGACUGCACCGCUAGCUACCCCACCGUCAACAUCCUGAAGAGCUGGAACGAUGCCCCCUGCCGCCAUCCGCUGAAGUGGAUCUGUGAGAAAGAAGCGACAGCAGCAUCCUAGACCAGCAGGGGAUGGAUCAACAUCCUAGAC